UUUUCUUAGAAGCAGGAGUGUUUGUUUUCCCCCAUUUACAGAAACUUAAAAACAAAAUUCACAAAUCACACAAAAAAAGAUACGAUCUUUUCCGCUUCUCGUCCUUACUUUUGCGGAUUCGAUCUGGGUUUUAGGUUUUCAACAAGAAAUAAAAAAAGGGAACUUUCCUUCAAUGGCUGCGAGCAAUGAAGUGAAUCUUAUUGAGAGCAGAACAGUGGUUCCUCUCAAUACAUGGGUUCUAAUAUCCAACUUUAAAGUAGCUUACAAUAUCCUGCGUCGCCCCGAUGGAACUUUUAACCGGCACUUAGCUGAGUAUCUAGACCGUAAAGUCACUGCAAACGCCUAUCCAGUUGAUGGUGUUUUCUCAUUCGAUGUCCUGAUCGAUCGCAGGACCAACCUUCUAAGCAGAGUCUACAGACCAGCUUAUGCAGAUCAAGAGCGACCUCCUAGUGUUCUUGAUCUAGAGAGGCCCGUUGAUGGCGAAGUUGUCCCUGUCAUACUCUUCUUUCAUGGAGGUAGCUUUGCUCAUUCUUCUGCAAGCAGUGCAAUCUAUGAUACUCUUUGUCGCAGGCUUGUUGGUGUAUGCAAAUGUGUUGUUGUAUCUGUGAAUUACCGACGUGCACCGGAGAAUCCUUACCCUUGUGCUUAUGAUGAUGGUUGGAUUGCUCUUAAUUGGGUUAACUCGAGAUCUUGGCUUAAAUCCAAGAAAGACUCAAAGGUUCAUGUUUUCUUGGCGGGUGAUAGCUCAGGAGGUAACAUAGCUCAUAACGUGGCUUUGAGAGCGGGUGAGUCUGGAAUCGAUGUUUUGGGGAACAUUCUUUUGAAUCCUAUGUUUGGUGGGAAUGAGAGAACUGAGUCUGAGAAAAGAUUGGAUGGGAAAUACUUUGUGACGGUUAGAGACCGUGAUUGGUAUUGGAAAGCUUUUCUACCAGAGGGAGAAGAUAGAGAGCAUCCAGCGUGUAAUCCGUUUAGCCCGAGAGGGAAAAGCUUACAAGGAGUGAGUUUUCCAAAGAGUCUUGUGGUUGUCGCGGGUUUGGAUUUGAUUCGAGAUUGGCAGUUGGCUUACGCGGAAGGACUUAGGAAAGCCGGUCAAGAGGUUCAGCUUAUGCAUUUAGAGAACGCUACUAUUGGGUUUUACCUCUUACCUAAUAACAAUCAUUUCCAUAAUGUUAUGGAUGAGAUUUCUGCGUUUGUAAACGCAGAAUGAUGUUAACGCGGGGAUAAAGAAAGGAGGGCUAUUUUAACAGAGCCAAGAAGUCUUUCAAACUAACAAACAGGUGAGAUGCUCGCUCGGUUAGUUUUGUUUUAGUGUUUAGUAUCUAAGUGUGUGGGAGGUUUGUGACUGUUUUAAAACGCUGGAUUAUGAAACGUUGAAGCUUUGUAGAAGAACAGCGAAGCGUUCUGAAGGCUUCAAAAGGAACAGAGCACAAGUACUAUAUUUUCUCCUUUUUCUUUUCGUCUGUAAUGUUUGGCUUUUUAGCUUUUAGUCUUUAGCCUUUUUUUAUCUUAUAACUAAAAGCUGAUUUCUCAGCAUGGGAGUGGUAACUGGUAAGUAACUAUAUAUACUUCAAGAAUGUAAUGUUUAUAUAUAAAAAUUGUAGUGAUUUUGGUAAAUGUAGGGUUUGUAUUGUAUUGUAUUUGUUGCUCCUCUUUAUCGUUGUACUCUAUGGUUUUUACAAAAAGAAGCAUUGCAUGUAUAAAAUGCUGUUAAAUACGAGUGAAUGUUUUACUAA